AUGAACUCCUAAAGUCAAGAUAAGCAUAGAAAAAUUGACAAUUUUUCAUCUAUUGAUGUUAAUCAAAGUAUAAAUUUGCUAUUUAACAAAGAGCCACACACAACUUCUCAUGCAAAUAGCUAAACUUUAUCAAAUCCAAGUAUGCAGCACAGUUAAAAUUCUUAAAAGAGAGAAUCCAUAAUAGGCGCAAAUUAAAGUAUUAGAAACUUGCCUAAUCUUUCGAAUUCAUUUCUAAAGUAGUCUAAUUAUAAUGCUGUGAUUCAGAAACAGAAAUCAUGGAAGAAUCCUAAACCACAAAAGCUGUACCAGACUUUCAAGUACGAUAGUGAUAAAUUUAAAAUGUCAACAUACUCCUCAAAAAAUUAAUAAAAUUAAUAAGUCAAUACGACUGGAAAUAAAUUGACAGUAGUAGAGACUACCAGUUCAUGCAAUAAAAGUAGUCAUGGAGAUGGUCAAUAAAACUCUUUAUCACAAUCUCAAGUGAACUUUAAUAUUAAGAAUAAGUUGACUUAGAGUAAUUCUUCCUUCUUUGAUUAUAAGAGAAAGGCUUCUCAUUAAAGUUCAGUGUAGAAUGUAAGGACGCCAAAAGUUAAAGAUUCUAGCUCGGUUCUAAUGAGAGCAUAUCACAAUAUCGCUUAAACUAAAAAAUUAUUAGCAGAAAGAAAGGUUAAAUCUUCCGAUAGGCUAAAUAAAAGACCAAAUAUAUCAAUCAGUGAAAAUCCAAUAAUACUGACUGAAAUGGCAGAAGGAAUCAAAAGCAGUGAAAAUGUAAGUAGUACUGGUAAUCAAAGCCCAAAUGAAGAAAAUACAAUCACGGUUGAGGAAAAUUAAUUCAAGAUAGGUAGGCAACUUACUCAUACAGUGACAUAGACAUAUUAAAGUCCGAUGAAAGAAGAGUAAUCUUCUUUUAUGUCUCAAAAUCUAAUGGUGAGAUAUGAAGAUUCUGCUAAAAAUCUAAAUUUCAACUUGAUAGAUCAGCAUAACAAUAUUUCUAAUAUGGGUAAUCUUGGACUAAUUGAAUAUUAGAGUGCUGAGAGGUUGAGGAAAAAUAACAACUUUGGAAUUGAGGAUAAAAAAUCAAGCCAAAAGAGUUAAUCCACUAGAAAAAGGUGGAAUAUUCCCAAGAAAAGCCAUGAAGAAUGUGAAGUUGAUUUAAAUACAGAUGAAUUUGACAUAAUAAAAAAUAUGGAUGCUUAGGGAAUGUUUGGAUCUAUUACCUCACUCAGAUAGGUAACACAAACUCCUUAGCUAUCUAAGCCACUAAAUCACAUUUAACACUAUGGCGAAUAAUGA